GAGGGGGGCACCUCGGCCAAACCAUCUUGAGCUCCGCGAGGGAGGGAGGCAGGGAAAGAGGGAAGGAAGGAGAGAGACUCGCUGGCGGCUCGCCUGUUUCUCUCUUGUGUUGAAAGGGGGGGGGGGGUGGCUCGCGAAAGCAGCUGGGUUGCUGGCAUCACGUCAUCGCUUCCGCCCCGCUUCCUCCUCCUCUGACUGCUGGCGCUAAAGAAUCCAACAUGGAGUAAAGGCAGCGAUGGGGCUCGGAGGGGGCCGCCGGCUGCUCCUCCUCCUGCUGCUGCUCCUCUUCUCGGGCCCCCGCUGCCUCCCCGCGCGCUGAGCCUCCCUCGCGCGGAAGGACAACAAUCUCUCCCCUCCCGCCGCCUUUCUCCUCCUGCAACAGACGAAGCGGCCUCUCUCUCUCCACCCCCCCCCCCUUCCCUCCGUUUCCGCGCAAUGUGAGGCUCGGGAGAAGAAAAUGCGGGAUGAGCCGCUGCCAGGAGGAGAAAAUGACCGAAGACAACCACCCGGACGAUGACAGCUAUAUUGUGAGAGUCAAAGCUGUGGUUAUGACCCGAGAUGACUCCAGCGGAGGAUGGUUGCCACAAGAAGGAGGUGGUCUUAGUAGAGUUGGUGUCUGCAAGGUCAUGUGCCCAGAGGGCAAUGGAAGAAGUGGGUUUCUGAUCCAUGGAGAAAGGCAGAAAGACAAACUGGUGGUAUUGGAAUGCUAUGUGAAAAAAGACCUUGUCUAUACUAAAGCAAACCCCACGUUUCACCACUGGAAAGUUGACAACAGAAAGUUUGGGCUCACUUUUCUAAGUCCUGCGGAUGCACGUGCAUUUGAUAGAGGGGUGAGAAAAGCCAUUGAAGAUCUCAUGGAAGGAUCUACAACUUCAUCCUCAACAAUCCACAAUGAGACUGAGGUUGGAGAUGAUGACGUCUUUACAAAUGCUACAGACAGCUCUUCUAAUUCUUCUCAGAAGAGAGAACAGCCUUUGCGAACAUUAGCCUCACCUCCAUCCUGUGAACAUCACAGAAUUUGCACGCGUGGUCAUAUUCAUGACCAGUUUAGUCCUGACCACUACCAUCUAGAACAAUCAAUCUCACGGCCAUAUCGGCAUGUCAGCUUCCCAGAUGAUGAUGAAGAAAUAGUUCGGAUUAAUCCACGGGAAAAGAUCUGGGUGACUGGUUAUGAGGACUACCGCCACACCCCUAUGCGAGGAAAGUACAUUGAUCCGGAUGAUGGGGACUCCUAUGUGCGGUUUGCCAAAACUGAAGCCUCCAAACACGAUUACAAUUACCCCUAUGUAGGCAACUCUGACUUUGAGCCCAGUGAAGACAUUAAGGGUGCAGUGAUAAAGACUCAGCCUGCCAGGUGCAAAUCACGGCGGCGGAAGGAGGAUGGGGAGAGAUCGCGGUGCGUCUAUUGUAGGGACAUCUUCAAUCACGAAGAGAACCGGAGGGGUCAGUGCCAAGACGCCCCAGAUCGGGUGAGAAGCUGCAUCCGCCGAGUCAGCUGUAUGUGGUGCGCAGACAGUAUGCUCUAUCACUGUAUGUCUGAUCCGGAAGGAGACUAUACAGACCCUUGUUCUUGCGACACCAGUGAUGAAAAGUUUUGCCUCCGGUGGUUGGCCCUUAUCGCAUUGUCCUUUAUCGCUCCUUGUAUGUGCUGUUACUUGCCCCUCCGGGCUUGUUAUCACUGUGGGGUCAUGUGCAGGUGCUGUGGUGGGAAACACAAGGCAGCCGGAUGACAAUCCUUCAAGCUCCAUUGAAGAACUUGGCCUUUUCUCCUUUGCCCUAAGGAGCAUCUUGGUCUGGAGCAUUCUCAGAUUUUGCAUACAUCCCUGACACAGCCUGGGAGGGAGUCUGCCAACAUCCAGAAACCAGUUGGGUGGCUGAUACUUUUCCCCCUCCCAUGUGGCUGCUAUGCAUUGAUUACUCACUGAAUUUUAACAGACUAAUGUGCAGCAUAGACUUUUGUAUUAUUGAUCUGUAAUCAACCAGAAUGUCUUGUACAUGUUUAUACCUUCCUUCCCUCUCCUGCCCACCGAGACACGAAUGGUUGACUAUGGUGGACUUCAGGACAUCUCACAGUGAUCCCUGUAUUUAGCAAACUAUUCGUGCAUGUGAAAGUAUGGUAUAAUGGAGCGAAAUCCCAUUUUUGAGUGUGUGCAAUUUGCAGCCAGUUAGAGAGGGAGAGUGAUUGUGUGUGUGGUAGAACAUGUGUGCGUGUGUCUACAGAAGAUAUGCUAGUAAGAAAUGUGUACCAUGACACAGUAUUGCUGACAAUCUCUAUUGAAAGAAUUCAUGCAGACUGCAGUUUCUUGAGUGUCUGCCAAUUAUCUUGACAGUUGUUUUGAGUGGUUUUCUGUUCGUCAAAUAUUUGAGUGGAAUGUAGGAAACAAGCCUUAGUAUCAUAUAUAAUAUUUGAGGAUCUGAGAAGUCUCAGAUCAGUUUUACACAAGAAGGGAAAUUUUCAAUAAGUGUCUUUUCUAUUCCUCACCCUUAUUCUUUCAUCACUUGACAUUAGAAAACAGCAUUAGUGUUGAUGUUCUUCAUGAUGAUCAUAGACUGUGCCUACAGUGUUUCCAUCUGAAACAAAGGGGAAUUCGACAUGUUAUUAAAUUGACAUGUAUGCCUGUAUAUUUAUGGUGUUACCUUGACAUAUAUAAGAGGAAAGUUCUCUUUUUAUAUCUCAAACCAUGUCGAGAUCAUUUGUACAAAGGAUGGGGAAGAGCCCUCCAUUUCCCGCACAUGGUGGGGGCAUUUCUGGGAUGGAUCCAGGCCAAUCCAGAACUAUAGGGAAGCCUCUGCUGCAAAGAAACAUGUUUUGGUUUGCCUUUUGUUGUUGCCUUGGAGGCCUUUGAGCAUAUGUGGGUGCUUUGAAACUUCUCCUCAUGGAAUGAAAUAAACCCCUGCUUGCAUCUGGGAUUGUCCAAGUUGAGUGAGGAUCUGCCAUGGCAUUCAGCAGGCAGUCAACCACAGGCAGGAGGAAUAUGGCCUUUUAAAAAUUAUGGUUCAGUUUCCCACCACAGAAGGUAAUAUCUUUCUUCAUGGAGAAGUGAAAUUGUGUUUUCUUCUUCCAACAGCAGGUCCAGAGGAGCCUAGUGCCACUUUUCUUAAGCUGGUUCAUUGCAGUGAUCCUCCUCCAGGCAGCCUGCUGAGCUGAAGGGGUAACUGAGUAAGGAGAUGACAAUUUUACCAGUCCUUUUUUAAAAAAUCAAAAAUAAAGCUCCGAGGUGAGACUAUAGGUUAAGGAAUGUGGUAUAGAAAGAUUUUCCCAUGUGGGCAGAAAGUCCCUCACAUCUCUCAAGCUUCUGAACCUACAAAGUAGAUAACAUUUGCACUGUGAGCAACUUCUAGUAAGGCCACACCCAGGUUCAAGUUCUUGUGUUCCCAGUAAUGCCCAGAUAGAAAGCUACAAGUAAUCAAGCUGAAAGAUGGGUGUUGUGGUUUUACAGGGUUUUCCUUUGGCCUGAACUGACACCCACAGCAAUGUCUGCUGUGCAGACUACCACAGGUUCAAGCAGGAUGUCAGCAUACAACCAUAUGGUUUUCUACUCUCAAUUGCACUGAAUCAGCAUAUUUUGGGAAAGCCUAGAGGAGAGAUGGCCUGGGUCAAAGUUGGAUGAAUCCCAGGCACCCUGCUGCCUUGAAAGAAGACACGGGUGUAUUUUCCAGCCCUAUAGAGAGAACCCUAUUGAAAGCAUUAAACAUCCUGACAUAGUGCAGAUUGUUCGUUUCAGCAGAACUUUGUUGUGCAUUAAGCAUGUCUGCUUUGCAGGGCCUGCGUCUAAGAGGCUUCUUUAUUUUGCUGUGAAAUGUGCACCACAAGAUGAGAAAUACCUUUUGUGUAAGUUUGAUUGUUUCUGUUUUAAGCCAUGUCUUGCAUACAAGGCUUGUAAUUAGCUGGGGAAAUAAUAUUUUUCUAAUAUAUGACAUGGAAUAGGGAAAGGAUUUUUUUAUUCAGAGGACUAGCAUAGAGCAGGUAAGCUAUAAUAUAGCAUAGUACAAUCUGAAUAUUAUUCCAAGGCAGCUAGGCACUGGCUCGCAAGAACUGGCACCGCUGAUCCUGCCAUAGUUUGUUUCUGCAGCCGGCUGCCAGUGAGCGCACGCCCUUGCCCCCCUCCCUUCUUAUUGCACAUUGAUACGAGUCUUAAAAGAAAAGGAAGUGAAUUUUAUUUUUGCCAAAUAGAGAAACAAAUAAUAACGUGCUUGCCACCCUUUUCCAUGUGGAUAGGGCCGGCCAGCUCCUUCUGGGGUUCUCAUAGCUUUUAUCAGAUCCAACUACAUAUGCAACACUAAAUGUGUGUGCAAGUGUGUGUGUAUGUGUAUGUGAUGUUAUAGUAAAAUUCUGGAGCUCCAGCACAUCUGGUUAUACUCAGGCGCUGACUUCAUGACUAGAUGGAGGACCUUUUUCUCUUUCUAACUAUCCACUUGGACCCAUUGCAGUAUGCAUUGGACCAGUCCAGAAAUAUGUGGGCCUGGCAGUGAGCAGUCCUGGAGACCUUUUCCAAAACCAGACCACCUUUUAUCCCUCCCACUCCACUUGCCACCUGUCAUGUUUCUCUCCUCAACUCAGAGGAACUUCAUGGAUAGCCUGGGGAGAAGGAGAAAAACAUUGUUUUGGUGCCUGUUAGGGAAAUGGUUGCAUCACUCCAAAGGGAUCUUUAGCAGACCUCUCCUCGCACUGCCUUUGCCACUUGGGAGCUGCCAAACUGAGGGCCUUUUCCAAGGAUUGCUAUCCACUUUAGGCCCCAAAGUGGCCUGUACUCUAGCGCCUUCCCCGUGGGGAAAUUCUGUGGUCUAGGAAAAACUGCAGUAUGCCUCCUCUUAGGUGAAAUGAAGCCUAGAAAAGAGCACAUUGCUAUAACUCCCAGAUCACCCAAGUAAAGCCAGGAGGAUACUGCACGUGAUUAGACAAUAGAUGAGGAUCUCUAGGUAGAUCUCUUAGGUGGUUUAUAUUACAUAAGUAGAGGUUUCUGGUUCCCAAUUUUAUAUGACAAUAUAAUAAUUCCCUUCCCUGCUUAAAAAAGAAAAGAAAAGAAAAAGAUGUUGCUAAAAUUGAAAGCUUGAGACUUAAGAGGUCAGGGUUUGGAUCCCUGCUCAGCCAUGGUACUCCCUUGGGGCAAAUUCAUUUUAUGUCAACCUUAGAGGAAGGUUAUGGCAUCUGAAAUUUUACCAAGAAAAGUCCUAUGAUAUGGUCACUUUAGUGUCACUGUAAAUCAGAAAUGACUUGAAGGCACACAAUAAGGUAAACUCCCAAGUUAUAUUUUGUAUGAAAAGGCAUGUGAGCCCAGUUCUGGUCCCUCCCGAGUUCAGCAUAUGUUGAGAAUCAGCCUGCAUCUUAACUCUUUAAUAUGUGCUCAAAUAAUGAUUCUGCUCCUGCCUUCAGUUGGUAGAAACUCAGGGUUACAGGAAGAAACCAGGUAGAUCCUCCAAGCCUAAGCUCUGCCCAUUUUUGCAUACAUUGUGCAGAAUAAGGCAGUAAAAGUCUAAACUAUACCACUUUAGACUGCAGGUAGAUUCAUAGUAUCCUUUCUGGGUGGUUUUUUUUUAAUCUUCAUUUUAUUUGUAGCAAGCUGGCAGAUCAGAGAGGCUGAACACAAGCUUCUAUUUAAUGUGCUAGCUUAUUAAGCAUUACAUUUUUUUUAAAUGCCUUUCCUCCAACCACAGGUUGCAAUUAUAUAAUCCAGAAUUGUUCAUAAUGUCUAGAUUUGUUAUUCGGUCUCCAUUGUUCAAAGCUGGUAUUCAAGAUUUGGGAUUUGUCUGUAACAUAUACACAUAUGUGACGUAGACUUCAGUGUUAUAGUAAUUGUUCGAUAUUGCAUUGGUGAAAACAGUGCUAAAUUUUAAGGGAAAUAUUUCAUUCUGUUUGAGCUAUUAUUUUCAAUUCAUGGUAAACUCAUGGGAAUAUUAGACAUUUUUGUGCCUGAUAGCAAAUGACAAAUCUCUAAAGGGUGACUAGUAAUCAUCAAGCCAGCCUCAAGAUUAAAAAAAAUGAUGGAAUAUAUAUUUGGGGGGAUAUUGUCCCACUUCUUUAAAAUUUCUGCAAAAUCUUUUCCCUCUACAAGCACAACACUACAGAAGAGAUGUUAAGAAUUGCCAGGUCUCUAUAUUCAAGUGAUCCUAUUUAUUUUGCUAAUCUGAAGCCUUGCUGUAUCUCAAAUUCCUCUUCUCCCUGCCUUUAUUUUAAAUGAUAUUUUAGUUGUCCCAUGUUUGUUCUUCUGUGCGUGUCUUUCAACUUUGGUUUUGGCUUCUUCAUUAAGGGAGCAGCGAAGUGGGCACAAGAGUAAAAAGGGGGGCUGGGAGGGGGAAGAUUUUUGUAAAUAUUUCCCAUUCUUCACACUGCAGUUGAACAGUGUGUGUAGUUUUCCUCCUGUCAGCUUUUCAGUACUGACAUUACCAUCUGAGAAAUUAUUCAGAUUUUUAUUUUUGUAUCUGUGGUAACAAUCCAUUAACCUAAAGGUGUUUAUUUCCCCCAGUCAUUACAUUUUUUUCAAGCUAUUGCUCACAUUAACAAAUUUAAGUGCCUGAAGCAGACUUCCAUUAUGUAUCUGUAUACUAAAAGUUAAAAACUCUGUUGUAUUGAUUUUUAUAAGCCUUUUUACCUCUGUGUAAAGAAUAUAUAUACAAGUGUAUGAUGUACAUUUUAGUUCUUGACUUCUUUUUUAUUGUUUCUAAUAUGUAUGAUCAUUGUAGCUAUUGCUUUAAAAUGUACCAUGUAAAUAUAAAUACAUCAUAUCAAAAGAAAA